AUGGCUCCAGUCAAUUCCCAUGUUGACAUUCCCGACCUCAAAUUCUCUUCCCUUGAACUCGAUGCACGCUCCACCGACCUGAACGAAAUGCCGACGACAACCUCAUUUUCUAAACGGGAUCUGGUCUACAAUCCUCUCAUCCCCCGAAGCGAUGACUCUCCUCUCAUGAUAUCUCCGAUAGAUAGCUAUAAUGUCCUCACCGCAAGAGAUGCCCAACAUACAAAAGACCCAAACCCUGGUGCCGGGUCAGUUGAUCCUAAUGAUAUCAACAUGAAAGGCAUCCAGGCCCUAUUUGCCAUUAUCGGGGCUUCUUUCGUCAUCCUUGCCAUCUGGUUCUUCUUUUGGGCCAAGAACGGCGGCUUUAAAUGGCAAAAGGGUGACUGGGAUGAAUACAAGUCCACCGUCUUGAGACGAAAGGGUCCCAAUGGAACGACUCUUAGUAACGCUACCAAGAGCACCAAGCUAGGUGGUGGUAGCGUUGUGGGAGAUGGGUACUCGGACAAAGACACGGCAACGAUUCCGGAUACCGUGACAGAGGCUAUGACUGAGACGAUGACAGAGCUGUCUUCUGAAGCACCAAUCAUCAAGGAGAAGCAGUCAAGGAAGCAAAAGGAGACGGCUAAAGAGAGAAAGUUACGAGAGGCCAAGGAAGCCCGCUGGGAAGGUGGCCAGGACUACGAUGUCCGCGCAUAUCGACACGAAAAGGCUGCUCGCGUGGGAGGUCUCAACAGAGACUCGGAUGCCCUCUUCUACGGCACGGACUACACUGAGACCUCACGUGGCGGCAGUGACAUUGGCAGCAACAGCACCCGGCAAGCACCAUCUUCUCGCCAACACAGUCCUGAGAAACGUCAAUCACGUCGUGACUUUUCGUACGGCCAAGAAGGCAGCUUCAACGUCGCGACACCACCACCGGCUGCUGCGCCAAUGUCUGGUCCUCGUCCACCGAGAUACCACUCACCGAGCAAAAAUCACAGCCCCCAACGUCCAAUCCGCACCGUGCCUGGUUCAUUCCACGCAAACCAGGACUUUGACAACCAGAGCGUCCAGAACCAGAAUACCAAGGCCUAUCAUCAUCCACUUCCCAGCCUCAGCGGUCAAGGACCUCCAAGGUCUGGUGGCUGGAGAAGAGAUAGACGAGACAGCCUGGAUGACUGA